ACGCACAUGUGCACACGUAACAACAUGGCGCCCGCUACGGUGGAUCUCACGGACUUUCAGAAGGAGAUUUUCGAGAAAAUCAGCAAGAAUGAGGUUUGCGAACUCAAGACGUUGUUGGCGCAGAACAAGGUCAAGAUGGACUUUGUCGAUGAGAACGGCAUGAGCCCGCUCCAACACGCCUGUUAUAAGGGAAACAAGGAAAUCGUGCAGCUGCUCCUCGAUCAAGGUGCUGAUGUGAACGCGUGUCAACACGAGCACGCGUAUACCGCUCUUCAUUUCGCCGCUUUGAGCGGCAACGCCGAGCUAUGCCAUCUCUUGAUGUCGCACGGGGCACGCCUGACGGCGACGAACAGCGUGGGCAGAACAGCCGCGCAAAUGGCAGCGUUUGUUGGAAAUCACAACUGCGUGGCGACCAUCAACAACUUCAUUCCGAAGGCUGAUAUAGAUUAUUAUAUUAAGCCACAGGGUUUGCAGACCGAGCCCAUGCUACCGCCACAUCUAGCCGAUUAUUUCCACAAAUUCAUAAUGCACGUUAACGUGAAUCCUGUACGUAUAUGUAUGAAUCUACAAAGACUUCCUGCACUUCUGGAAAAUGCGGCAAAAAUACAAAAAGUAUUGGAAUCCAUGCGCUAUAAAGAAAUGACGCGAGGCGCUGAGGUAAAUGAAGUGAUGGCUUUCAAGUAUCAUUAUCUCAGUUGCGUUGUCGCCGAGGUGUUGAAAUGUCAGAAGCGCCAAGAAGCCAUGAAGGCGGAGAAGGGCGAGAAGGGGACCGAGGAGAGCGAGGAGAAGAAGUCCGACACUGUCGAGCUUUUGAUACGAAGAUUCCUGAAGUGCAGCAAGAACGACAGCUUGCCGGAGUAUCAGGAGGCAUUUCUGCGGGAAUCCGUGAGGGAGUUUCCGUUCAGAGAGAGCACGAUUUUCCGCCAGAUGGUCGCUACGCUGGCGAGCACAGAUCCGCCGUCCGCCGUUUCCGUGAUCUCCGCCGCGAUAAACGGGCAGCGCGGCUUCGUCGACAACGCCCAGACCUGUGUGACCUGCGGCGAGGACAAGGCCACCAAGAAGUGCAGCAAAUGCAAAGCGGUGCAGUAUUGCGACAGGGAGUGUCAGCGAUUGCACUGGUUCAUGCACAAAAAGGCGUGCGCCAGAUUGGGCCAGUCACCGGCGAACAACGGAAAGCUCACGGAUGUAGAUAAGGAACAGAUCGGCAACGCCGUCGGCUCCAGGCUACAGAACCUAGCUGUUAAAUAAAUAUUGUAAUGUGUACAGAUUUAAUGUUAGCAGCCCAUUCGGAGUGCAUUGUACCCGCGGAUGUUUAUUUUUUCCUGUAUAUAGCCGUUCUACGUAGACUUGGUGGAUCUCCGUAUGACUGUGCCUAUAUCUGUGGAAGCUAACUUUACGGCAUUAUUACUAUUAUGUGUAAGUAAAAAAAACAUUAGCAAUGUGUAAAUUUUCGUUUAGUCAAUCACGCGUUUAUACUUCGAUAUCUCGUUCUUUCUCGACUUUUCAAUCCUUGACAAUCAACUAAAAAAUCCAGCAAGGAGUGAAAACUGAAUCAAAUUAUAAUAAGUUUUUAAUUGUUGUAAACAAAAGUAUUAUUUUCUUUUAUUCCUAUACUGCAAGCUGCCGGACUUUUGCGAACUGACUGAUUUUUUUAUAUAGUUUCCUACUUCCUCAUACUUGAACAAUGAAAUUGCCAAAUAUAUUUAUAAGUUACUAUUAAUCUUGACGUACGCGUGCACUCAGUUCAACAUAUCUGUCAAUAUUUUAGAGCUGUGUUUUCGAAGAACCUUUAUUGUGAUCUGUCUGUCGGAAUAAAGCACAUUUACUUACAAUCGAUA